AUGUGGGCAAAGUUUUCCGGCUUGCCGAUAAACUUCUCCGUCGUAAAGCAAGUGCCGCUCAAACGAAACGUUGCGGUCUCUGUUCUCGAUCUGUACUGCAGACUUGGAUCAGCAUGCUCUUCGUUGUCCCGCUCACUUUUCGAGCGCGAGGUUCUUCAUCGUUGUGAUGCCACUGCAAAAGCAAGUGAAUGUGUUGGGAUUCACAGCAAUUUCAGAGGAGUUGCUUACUGCCAAGGAAUUAAAGAACUGGGAAAUGUCGCUUUUCAGAAAGUGAGCAAUUUUCUAAUGAUUGAAGACGAUGCAGACGAAAGAAGACGCCUCUGCACAGGCCUUAGAUGUAUACAAAACUUACACCUUUUGAAAGGGAAACUUCUAGAAGUACUAGACAAGAAAAAUGCAUACGAUGACAGGGAGGUAGCAGAUGUAUUUCAAAGUGUUGCAAAAAAUCAACUCGCAGAUAAAUUGUUGCUUCGGUUUUGCAUUUCAAAUUGGAAAGCAAUUCAUGAUAGGUUUGCGGAGAAGUACAAUGUUUUAUCUGAAGUUAUCAGAAGUUGCAUAUCCAAAGCGCGUUCUCGCGAAGAAAUUCUGAUGAUAGAAUCGGCUCAUAAGAGCAAUGGUAGAUAUGAUGAUGCCGAUCAAGCCGGACUAGAGCUUGCUGAGUUCAGGAUCAAGUGGAUAGAAAAAUAUUCGAAGAUAGUUUCCAACUUGGCGCGAGCUGAGCUGGAAAGGCUAGAAAGAAACGAUACUGUGAUAAAACACGAUUAUCUAGAGGUAGAGACGCUCUAAAGAGUUCUUGUAAAAAUAUUGAAUUUGAAGUUUACAUACCAAUCUGAAUCCAUUCUUGCGCUGAACACUGCACUAUUAACUCUUGUUUGAGGAAUUAAAU